AUACGCUAUACGCCUCAGUUUAUUGACGUUGGCCGCCCGUGCGCAACGUGUUCUUUUCCAUUGUUAUUCUUUCUGGGGGGGGCCUGUACAGUUUAUUUUGUUUAUUUCCGACUCCGCGCUCGCAUCGUGUGAAAGUGCAGCUUGGCUAGACUUUUUUGACGUCGCUAAUAGUUGCAAUUUGCACUAAUUACGGCGGAUAUGAACGAUUUCGGGCAGUUUGCCAAGGCCCAGGCCCCCAAAUUGGUGCCAUUUCUGGUGACCCUCAUCCUGUAUUUUUCACUGGUGCGAAAGGAUCCCCAGGGAGAGCUAUGGACCACAGUGCUCAAAUGCCUGCCAAUUGUGGCCCUGAUGUUCUAUGUGGUGGCCAAAGGAAUAUCGCUCAAAAAAGAAUAUCGUCGGUCUCUCUGGAUUCUUCUGGGCCUGGUUUUCUCCUGCGGCGGUGAUGCUCUGCUCAAUAUAAAUCUAUUUCCCUUUGGAAUGAUCUCCUUUGCAGUGGCGCAUGUCUUUUAUAUCAGCGCCUUUGGCUGGAAGCCCGUACAGUGGUUAAUUGGAUUGGUCCUAUAUGUGACAGUAUCAUUUUUUGUUUACUUUGUGCACCAGAAAUUGGACGAGAUUCUCAUAAUCGGAGUGCCCAUCUACUGUUUCGUAAUAACCACAAUGCUGUGGAGAUCCCUAGCUAGAGCUGUGGACUCCAGGAACUUUCUCACCAUAUUCUGCGCCAUUGGUGCCGUAUUAUUUGUGAUCUCCGAUGCCCUGAUAGCGGUCACCAUGUUUGUGGGCGUGCCCCUGCCGUGCGCCCGCCUCCAGAUCAUGAUCACCUACUAUGCCGCCCAGUUUGCCAUUGCGCUAAGCACCGCAAACGACGGUCCUGCGGUUCGUCAAAGUUUUCGCAAGAAAAUCAAGUGAAUACAGUGCCCAAUGCUCAACUGCUGGAAAGCCAUAAGCAACAUGAACGCAACCACCAAACUUAGUACUUCCAGACCGUCUAGAUUAAUGCCAUUUACGUGUUUUUGUUUCCUCACCCCUGUAGCUUAGUGUAACCAAAUAUUUGUUUCG